AGACACGGGCACGCCUUGUACGUGAUGUACGUACGUCACUACGUAGUACGUGUUUUGCGCUUUACCUUACGAUUUCCAUUCACUGUUUCACUCUUUUCGGACUGGCUAACUGUCGACAUUACAAAGACCUCAAAAUAGAGUUGCCUCAUCAAUUAUCAGGAGGAUGCCUGUACACCACGGACACCAUCAUCAUGGUGCUGCCCAUCACCAUGGCGUUCACCACCAUGGCAUUGGUCAUCACCAUCACCACCACAACAUCCACCAUCAUGCUCCCGUGUCAGCCACAGGCCAAGUGGUGGGUGGCCCAGCCAUAACAACACGAGUCGGCAAUCCCAUGGGGCUGCCCUUUUGCCUAGGCAUGUUUGGGUUUUUCUUUCUCUUCAGUGGUAUCAUGAUGAUGUCGUUUGGCGUUAGCGCCUUCUCUGGUGUGGGCAUCGUUGGGUGCCUCUUUUUGAUUGGGGGAGUGGCUUUGAUGAUUGCCUUUGUCGUUCUCUGCCGGAAGAUCCGCAUGCAGCAACAGCAGGCUAUCGUCAACCAGCAGGCAGCUGGGGUGACCACGAUGGAGUACAGCCAGCCGGGCACCCAGCCCUUAGUACAGCCCCAGCAGCCAGGAGCACCCCCCAUCAUUCACCCACAGGGUCCCGGGGCAACUAUCGUGUAUGGACCAGGGGGACAGGUGGCCUACCAACCCCAGGCCCAGCCAGGCUUCCAGCCAGAACCUCAGCAGUAUCCAGCAACAAUUCCCUAUCCACAGCCGGGUCCUGAUAUGUCCAAGUCUGAUCUACCGGCGGGACCCACUGCACCCCCACCAACCUAUGAGGAUGCAGUCAACCUAGCCAGCAAACCUGACAGUGCAAGCGACACACCAAUCGCAAUGUAACCUAUUCACGGCGGUGCUCAAGGGGCAGAGGAGGAGUGGUGCUUCAGCUAAAGGUCUUGGUCUGGGUUCGAAUCCUGCCGCAGUCUCUCUGGGAUGCGGUCAACAGAGGCCAAGUCAUGGCUGCCAAGGGUUACACCACCCAUCUGAAAUGUCUGUAACCGGUACCCUGAGGCUUCCAUAGCAAACGUGUUCAUUCCCAGCCACGGGUCAAAUGCUUGGGCUGCGGGCGAGAGAUCGGCCAGCACAUUGAGGCAGCUGCCCCUGCUCUUCCUGGUGAACUCUGACAUCAGGUCAACUGAUGAAAAUCCCCUGAAACCCCCUGGAAGCAUUGUGAGACCAUCAGGACUCAGCCAUUGAUAGACUGGUCCGUGAGGCCCUGCCCCAUUGUGAUCUGUCUAAGGGUGGGUGGAGGGCAGGUCCCUGGUUCUGCUGCUAGUGUGCCCCCUGUCGGAUUGGAUGGAUUAUGCAACAUCUGUGAGAGUUACAACCAACACAUGGACCCACAGGUACCCACUGCUUCUUGAAAUCUUUGCUGAUUGGACUGCGGGAUAAAAAGGUAAAUUUGUCACGGCACCGUCAGGUAUUCUCAUCACAAUCCAGGCGAGUGCUGUUAAUGUUACAGGCCAGCGUUGGAUACAAUAUCCCUUACUCAGGUAAAUUAGGCACCCCUGUAUUUGUGGACUUUAUUCAUCAGAAGUUUGAGAAAGUGACUCUAAUCCGCUUUGCAAUAGACAUUGACACAUUCAUCCUUCUUGACCAUAAAUGAAGCUCUAAGGCCAGGAAAAUGAAUAGUGCUGAGGUCGUCCAGCAUUGGACUCUAUCGAACCACUAACAACGUCUUAGGUGUACUGGUUUUCUGGUGGGUUUGAUAGAUACAUGCGUAGACUCGGUAAUGUACAUGUUGUUUGGAAAGUUCUUUGGUCAUUUUAUGACAAAUCGGUGCAUGUGUCAUUAGUUUGAUAUUAGUGGGACCCAGGCUUAUGAAGUCUAAAGACACUCGGUCAAAAGACAUAAUACCUUAUCAAAAGUUUGACUUUUGCUUCAUAAAUCUCGACAGGUUUAAUAGUUGACUUUUUGACUCCCGAACACCUUCCGUUAAAGUCCGUGUCACACCUUGAUGAAUUGUGUUGAUUCAGAUGAAUGGUAUCCAUUCAUUAUGUGCAUUAGAUGUGGGAACAUCCAGGGCGCCAGUGAACCAUGAUGCUGGGCCUAAAAUAAUUCAAACUAUUCUUUUGAAAAUAUUUUCACAUUACUGUUCGAGACCAAAGAACAUUUAUUUUUUUAGGUACACUAUUUGUCAAAAAUGCGAACAUAUGAAUUAUACAAGUGUUCAUGUUUUGUUCUUGUACUCUCGUCACAAAGAAAGGUUUCAAAUUUUUUCCGUGUUUUCAACAUUCCGAAAUAUCAAAAAAUACUAUUCACUAAAUUGUUUGAAAGAAACAAUAUAUGCGGAGGGAACUUGACACUUCACUUCUUCAUUUCCUUAUUUAUUUUUUGAAUUUUGAAAUGGCCUUUAUAACACCCCAUGCUUUUUCCCUGUUGGAGAUAAGGUUCAUUGCGAACAUGACCUCAAGAUUUCAGAAUAUGUUAUUGUCUGAACACAGUCAACUACUAAAAAAGACGAGGUUUUUGGCAGCUCUAAAACUGAAAGCCAGGAAAAUGAUGUUAUCUUUCUCACGGUUCACGUUCUGAUGUGGAAUUUUCACCAAUCUGAAAAUGUCAGCACAAGCAAUCAUAAAGUAAGACAUUUAAAGUGGCCAAAAUUUGAUCAAAAGCUCUUUGGUCACAUAAAUCUUACGUGGCCAAAAUGAACAAACUCAACCAUGCACAUAACAGGCUUCCCUUCCCAGCCCUAAUUUCCUGCUGACUCCGCUCCUCCCCUGUAUUGGCAUACAUGUAUUUAUCAAUUUGUUUCUAUUAAUCUGUAAAUAAAUUCUAUUUCUACUUUCAAAAUGUUCAAAGUGUUUGCAUAUUUGUUUUCAAACUGUUAUAACAUAAACGUCUGCCUAAAAUCUGCUACUCCAUUUCGACUAUUUGUCUGUAUAUGUACACACCUCUUAAAGUGUAGGAGAAAUGAAUUUCUCUUCGACACAUUUUUGUCUCCAUCUUUGUAUUUUUCUUCAAUGUAUGAGAACUCUUACACACAUUUGGUUAAAUGCAUUGAAAAAUGUACACUU